GUGGAGGGUUUGAGAAAUCUUACGUACCCACCCCGCCCUCCACGAAAUGGCGCAACGUGUAUCGUCUGUGUCGAGCCACAUGGCUUGCCGGCUAGCGUUCCACGUGGCGCAGCUUUGUUUUCUCGCCUUGCUCUUGCCUCUGACAUGUCGUGCAAAUGACCUCCAUGAUGAUGUUUUCGAUAUAACGCGGUAUUUGUCAACGAACUCGAGAUACGAAUACUCACUGAAGCAUUAUGGUGGUGCUGUCGAAUAUCUGCCUGCUCCACCUGCAGGAUGUCGCCCAGUUCACGUCAAUCUUCUUGCCCGUCACGGUACGCGGGAGCCAACGAAGAAGCGUAUGGUUCAAGUUGACGAGCUGAGCAGACGCCUUCUGAAGGAGAUUAGUCCUCUCUCUCUUAACAAAAAGAAUGGAAUUGAUCCCUCUGAAGCGAAGGACAAAAAUGACGAGCUAGCCGUCACUGCGCGAAAUGAAAGCAACAGGGACGAGAAAACAACUCAUCGCUGUGGGAGGCAUGGAGGGAAGCUGCCUCAAUGGCUUCUCUCCUGGGACUCUCCUUGGGUCGAGCGUAGCCAUGGAGGUAGCCUAGCGCCAGUAGGAGAGCAAGAGCUCUAUGAGAUGGGCAAGCGAUUCCGCCGACGAUUCUCCGAAUUGCUCGACCAGGGCUAUGAUCCUGCUGCACAUCCGUUAAUUGCCACAAAGGUCGUGCGAACAUCAUCAAGCGCUGUUGCGUUUGGAAUGGGCCUUCUGGAAGGACAUGGAUCACUUGGAAAAUGCGGCUUAAAACCUUUUGCGAUCAAAACGGAGGACGCAGGCCCUGUAUCAACCCUCCGUUUUCAUGAAGUCUGUGAUGCUUAUAAGGAUGUGAAAAAGGUAAUCAAGAAGGCGGUGAAAGCAGAGUUGCGAAGCGUGUACGCGAAGAUCGCAGAGUCGUUUUCGCACUGUGAGGAAACAGAUAUGGCAUUUAUGACUGCCGAGGGCGUGGAGGCUUUAUGGCAACUCUGCAAGCAGCAAGCAACUUUGGAAGGAGUAUUUGAUCAAGCCUGUGCGCUGUUCAGUGAAGAGCAGUUAAUUCAAGAGGUCACUGGAAAUAAAUGGGUAGAAGCAGUCCGGCGGGACCAAGAAUUGGAAAGAAACAAAGAGGACCCGCAGAAACAAAGGACUUACACUAGAAGGACGCAGAAGGGGAAAGCCAAAACAGGGCAGGGACAAGGGGAAAACACGGCUGGGACAGAGCAGGAAGAAGGGACGAACACCCCUCCGGGUGAAGUCAGUACGGACAGCCAGCUGCCUGCAGUGGGGGGGAAGAGAAAACAUCGAGAGGGGGCAUGUGACAGAGAUGAAGCAGCGGAGGAACAAGAGUGGGAAGAGGAGGUAUAUUACCUGUGGUCUGAGCGACAGGAAAGCGAGAUACUGAGCUUCAUACAUAAAUUUGAGAAAGAAAGGCAGGACAAAUAUGACCUGCAGUUGAUCCUACAUAGAGAGGAACAAAGAAACAGACAAGCAGCAGCGGCAACCAACCCGACGCAAGCCAUUCCUCUCACGGAGAAUCCGUUCGCUCCCUUGGAGAGAGAGGAAGAAUUGGCUGCUCUCCUGGCAGAAAAGUAUAGUGCAACAAAGGAGAAUCAGGAGAUGGAAAUUGAUGAUGGUAAUAGCAAUCCUGACAAGGAGAACCUGCAGACUGGCGGAUCCAAACUACCCAAGUACAGGCCUACACUCACUCUGAAUGGACAAAAGGAGCAGCAGGGGCAAACAGAACCCAACCAGGGAAGUGACCACAUAGCUUUGCUGGGUAUUCAAGAGGAGGCACUCUAUGCGCAAUGCGAAAGACUCUACGAUCUAAACAGAGAAAUGUCUCUGCGCACGGUGACAGUGCAGGACCUCCACCUCAAAGCACACGCUGGAUUCUGGGAAAGAGCGAGAAAGGAAGCAAGCACGCUCCUACCAUCCCGAGCAGUGAUUCCCAUACAAUUUGACCCAGAGAGAGAACGGUGGAAUGUUGCAAUUUGCAGCGACCUGACAAUUCCCAGAUUGCAAAAGGGACAAAAGAAGGAGGUGUUACUGAGCAAAAUCUGUAAGGGAAAGGGAUCUAGGAUUAUGGGAUUAGUAGGAAAAGACCCACACGAAGGGGAGAACGGCCAAAUUGACAUGCUUGAAGUAGAGGAAGGGAAGACCCCCAGUCCAUACGAUGCAAGGCCAAUCCUAGCGGCACUUCUUGAAUGGGCAGAUGAUGUGGAGACCUUUAAAACGCGUGCAUACGGAACAGCUGUUAAUUACCGCAUGGCAAUGCCUCUGGUCCAUGAUAUGCUCCAAGCUAUGGAUGUCAUAAUGGCACAUACAAAGGAACGGAGAUCUGGGUUUGUUCAAAGAGCGCAUUUACGGUUUGCACAUGCGGAGACUGUUAUUCCCCUGACGUGUUUGCUCGGUCUCUUUCUUGAGAAUGCAACAUAUCUUCAAGAUGUGAAAGAAGGGAGGCCACUUCCGCCGCCACCUCCCCCUCCAGCGAAGAGAGUAUGGCAUGGUGGGCGAGUCGCCCCUUAUGCAUCAAAUCUUGAAUUAGUCCUGUACCAUUGCCGUGCAACACCUGCAGCAAUGCUUGACGGCCAGCAAGACGCCACAGAAAUCGGCAAACAAGCGGGCACACCUGCGGGAGAAGGAAUCAAUGAUGGUUUGUCGGCAGAUGAGUUCCGAGUCUUGGCGCUCCACAAUGAGAAGCCAGUGAUCAUGCCGGCUUGCGGUGAGGAGAUGUUCUGUCCUUUCAAACGAUUCAAGGAGGAGGUGGUGGGGGACCACAUGAAACACACAUGGGAAAUGACAUGUAUGCGUCAGGUGCGCCGCUCGGCCUCAGUUGUGGGUUACUUCUUCAAGGUUUGGGGGGCCUUACGAGAUAUGGGAAUGGAAAUCUUCAGAUACUCGCCUACGGAGAAAAAGCAACGGAAGGGUAUGCAUGCGCGGGCUGAAAAGGAUGAGCUGUAAAUUUCUGAGUUGAUUAGGAUAUAAAUGACUGGGAGGGAGGGAGGAACAGGCCGUCUACGUUCAGCUCCUGCUGAACAGCAAGCACGAC